AAUUAAUUAAUGUCUUUAUUAAUAUUAAGCAUAGUUUAGGUGAUCAUUGUGAUUUCAGGUUAGGAAACAAAUGAUACUGAAAAUAAGAUUAAUGAUUAUUGUGAUGCAGUUUAAAAAAAUACAACUUUUAAGGUUAAUAUCACAGUUUCAGAAGUGGAUAAUAAGGGUUAUUGCGUUGAAGGUAAAACUCGUGUGGAGUAAUUUGAUAAAAUUGAUUAAGACCAACAAUAUGUUUAUUUAUCUGAACAUUAUUGUGCAAACUUAUAAAAUUAUCCAAUUACGUGUGAACAAUAUUAUAAUGCACAAGAAUAUGAUGAAAAAGUAAAGAUUUAAAUGAAAUCAAUUAGGCGAAAGCAAAUUAUAAAAAGCUUUAUGAAGAUUACAAAGCAACUGGAAUACCUAAUUCUGAUUGUUUAGGUAUAGCAAGGUUUGUAUUUUGUGCAGAAUAAUUUAAAUAUUGUGAUUCAGAUGAUGGAAAUACAGAUUAUGAAAUUUGUAGUUUCUUGUGUAUUAUAUGGCAAAAUAGAUGCCCUGAAUAUAAUGAUAUUUAUCAUAGGGUUUGUCCAAAUGGAGGAGGAGAAGAUGGAAGAUGCAGUUAAGGUUAUAAGAGUCUAAUAUUAUUGGUUCUCAUUUUAUUAUUAUUAUAUUGA